GCGCCGAAGGAUGCUCACCUAUAUUCAGCAGUUGAUCUGCUUACGCUAAGUACGCUUGGACCAGCUUCUUAUUUAGUUUACAAGCAUGGUGGAGGUUUUGAUUACUCUGAUACGAAAUUGGCGCUUGGUCUUUAUGGUGCGAAUUUAAUCUUUGCUGCUGCUGCAAUGCCACUUACUAAACUACGAAAUCUCAAAGGAGUAAUCUUUUUCAUUUUUAAGGUUCAUAAAACAGCCGGAUCGCUCAUAUUACCAUAUUCACUGUGGAUUAGCUUUUACACAGUUCUGUUAUAUUUCAUGAAAAGCGAGGAACCGAAGAAGAAUUGA